UGGCUGAGCUGAUGAUGGAAGGUCAACUCCUCAAUGGUGCCUGUUCAAAUACCAGGAUUAUGUCACCAAUAUUAGACCCUGAUUCACUAUCUGAAACAUCUUCGAUAGUGCCAAUUGCGAAGGAAAUUAAAAUAAGUACCUAAUAUAGAUAUACUACGUGAUUACGCAAUGAUUCGGGAUUCUGAAUCUGAAACUGAUGUCGAUAUGCAGACAAGUUCGCAAAAUGAGAGCAACGUAAAUAUAAUCUCUAAUAUAAAGAUUUCAGGAUUAUCAAUAUUUCUAAAUUUAGGCGAAGUUUCUGACAAUGAAGUAGUCUCCAUAUCAGAUUUAAAUUCAAUCGACCCUGUGCGCCUUGACCAGGGGACAGAGGAUUAUUCGGAAUUAUUAAACAAAGAGAAGAAACCAAGAAAAAAGCGAAGAAGGGCAUGUCGCAACUUAACUUUAACCCAAAACCUCGAUUCCGAAACUGAUACACAAGAUUUUUCUCCGUGA